UUGAGAGCGUGCGAUACAUGUUCAUGCAUAAUAUGGCCACGGCGAGGGUUCGAUUGGAUAAGAUGGAAGAAAAUGGCAUGCGAGGAGUUAUUAAAUUUUAGUGAGAUGUUUAUUUGCUCCAUUUGCGUAGGAUGGGAGGCUGCAUAGGUAUAACUAGGGCAAGAAAUGCCUCGAUUAACGAUACGUCGGAAAACUCAACGAGAACCAAUUCAGGAAAUUCAAGAAGAAAUCAUCUCUUGUGUCACGAGGUAAUCAGAUGGAAAUCGGAUGUACCUCUAACCGAGGGUCAGCUAAGGAGCAAGCGAGAUGAGUUUUGGGACACUGCGCCAGCGUUUGAUGGUCGCAAAGAAAUUUGGGAUGCGUUGAGGGCAGGCGCGACCGCGGCGGAAGCGCAGGAUUAUCAGUUGGCACAAGCCAUAUUGGACGGAGCUAAUAUUUCUGUACCAAAUGGAUUCUUAACGGAAUGUUACGAUGAGUUGGGAACGCGUUAUCAAGUACCUAUUUAUUGUUUGUCCUACCCGAUUAAUAUCGUAAAAGAAGACAGCGGAAGGGACUCUCCCGCUGAUUGUUCAGAACCAGUCGACGAAGGAACAGAGCAAACUUUGAAACUUAGACUAUCGACCACUCUAGGAGAGGUGAAACUACCCGUUUAUAGCAAUGACACGAUUGGUAUUGCCAAGAAAAAAUUACAGAGCCAGGAAGGUCUGGAACCGUCACGUCAGAGGUGGUUCUUCGGUGGCAAAUUGCUGGGCGAUAAAAUGCACAUAGAGGAAGCGAAGGUACAACCAGGUUAUGUGAUACAAGUGAUCGUGAAUCCGGAGAAAACGGAUAACAGCCCCGUGAGAGCUAGUUGAACUUGUGCACCGGCAUGACGAAAGUACGUCAUGUACAAUAAGAAAUCAAUAAUAGGCAUAUUUCUACGCUUGUUAACAAAAACCUUGUUAACUUAUAUACUGAAGUAAGGAUAUCAUAUUUUUUAAUUUUGUAUCACAAUUAUCAUGCGAUAUCAUCACACGGAAUGACCGAUCAUUUUAGGAUAAAUUGGACAUAACAAUAUACUUGAAUUAGAGAUUUCUCUAUUUAACAAAAAAUCGCCAACUAAGUGCAAUCAGUUUUCCUCAUGUUAUUAAAUAUUUACAUAUUUAUCCAAUACAUUGUAUGUAUUGUAAACAAUUUGUGUAGGGAAAACACUCUUUUUUUUAAGAGAAAGCUAAUUAUAAAAUGGAAACUAGUAUCUUUAUUAAUUUGGUUUCUUUCAAUUUCAUGUAAUUUCUGCGACAAGAAAAUUUACUGAAAUACACGAUUUGUUUAUAUUGUUGCGCAAUAUGUGUGCCUUGUGUACUAUUUUUCGUAACGUCGCCAUAAUGUGGAGGAGUUCACAAUUCUGCGGUAUCAAAAUUUUUUGUUACAAUUGUAAAUGUCACUAUAUAUAUAAAGAGAUGGAAUAUCGAAUUAUAUAUUAAAGCAAAACGGCCAUUUAUGUGAUAAUGUUUUAUAAUAGGAUAUCUACAUAAUGUACACACACAUAGGAUACUUUCUCUGGUUUUUGCGAAACAAGAAAUAAUUCUGGGAUGAAUUCUGAUCCCGUUUGCGUUAUGUCCCAUUGUCCUCUCUCCACAAAUAAAAUCAUGCAUGAUACAUGAAGGGAAUAUCAAUAUUUGCUGGACAACAGUGGAAAAAGAUAAAAUAAUACUCAUGCACGAAGUAUAUACCUAGGGAUUGUGUAAUAGUCUACGUUUUAUUUGCAACUGCUCUCAUUUCUCUUAUUUCUUCGUAAUUUUUAUCGUGUGGGUACCUCUGAUUCUUAGUACUAUAUUCUUCGCCAAACUAACAUUUCCGUACCGACACACCGCGAUUGUCCUACUAAUAUUACGUUAGUAAAAUAAUUCUAAAUUAUUGUCGUCAUAUCUUCUAUUUCUAUUAUUUAGUUAUUACAUACUCUCGUAAAGGCAUAAAUAUAAAUUCAUACAGACCUAGUAUUACUUUAUAAGCAUAAUUAUACGAGAUAUUAAAUACGACUUUGACAGCUGAAUUUCAUUUCGAGUGAACUACGAUAAUAAAAGACCAGGAGUAUAUAUAUUUGCACUUGUGUUAAAUGAACAGAAUUAUAAUUUUUAUAUCUAAGAAGAUUGCUACGGUGCAGUUAUAUACACUAUACGUAAGUGUAUACAUAUUGUGUAUAAUUGCACAUAGCAAUCUGUCGCAUAUAAAAUUUAUAUUUUUGUUUAUUUGAGAUAGGUAAAAUAUAUACAUUGUAUAUCUGGUGCAAUGAUGAACUUUGAUUACUGCUAUCUCAUUUGAUUUAUAUAGAUAUACAUAAUAAUUUAAAUAUGUAUAUAUAUAUACUAGGUACAAGUUUUCAAAGAAGUGCUUUGCAUCGAACAAAUCAAUAAUUAUUAUUAUUGAAUAAGGAAAUACGUUCACGAUGCUUUUGUAUUUUACAUAUGUAUACGUAUCAUUUAAAUGUGCGUAUAAAGGAUAUACACUGCCUAGUCUUGACUAGUUUAACAAAAUUUCGGAAAUUUAUUCUGCAGGGAAAGAAACAGAGGAAACCUAAUGUUUGAAAAAAGAUUAAUGAUUGCGGGGGUAUUACAAUUAAUAAGAUUGCAUUUACAUGCAUAUUAAUAUGUAGCGUUAACUACUAAGCACUGUUCGUUGCAAAUGAGUCACAACAGUAUGAUGCUAACAAAAAUUUUUUAUUAAACUAAUGUUAAGCCUACCGGAUACUUUGCGACCAUUUUAAAGAUGUUCAAGUAACGAGGGAAAGAAUGAAUAACGGCUUUUACAUUUAACUUGAGCGGAACUUGGUGAUUACUACAUACCACAUUUCUUUCAUCAAAAAGACAUAAUACACAAGCACAUAGUGACAGCUCAAAACAAUAUUAAUAAGAUUUGUAGAUUACGUAAUUUACAUAUAUUUGUAUUUAUAGAUUAUGUCUAAUAUAAUGAUUAGUAUAAAUUUGAUCGUUUCGAUCAUACUUUCGUUCGUAUGUAGUAUUCUACAUGAUAUCACAUACAGAUGCAUACAGAUUUAUUAAUACUAAUGCUCAGUUUAAUAUUAAGCAAACGUGCGAGUGUGUGCGUGUGCGUGUGUGUCGCAAAAUAGAAAAAUAUAUACGUUUAUGUAAAUAAACCUUGUUACAAUAAUGAGAGACGUAAUUAUAACCAUUUGAUAAAAAUUGGUACUUAAUGAUGUUAUAUUGGACCAAAAUGCAUGGAAAGCACGUUUUGAAAUCAAACAAUUGGCGAUAAUAGAAUAACUGCCCUACGUCAAGAAUACUAAUUCUGAAGAGUUCGACUAAAUAAUAAUUAUACUUAAGGACAUAGAGUAUCACACUUAUACAUAUAAGCGUACUUUAUAUAUAUAUAUAUAUAUAUAUAUAUAUAUAUAUUUGAAAAUGAUAAAUAAUACUAACAAGACCACUGAUUUUGGUUGUGGUUUAACAUUAUGUGAAAUAUGUGUUGCAUAUAUUUCGCGUUAAUUAAUAAUUUUUAAAAUCGCGUUUCAUGUAAAAACAGAAAUUAAUUUUGAUUAUAUAAUGAAAUAUAGAAGAUGAUUAUUUCAUGUUACAUGUAUUUAAUAAUGUAUUUAAAAAAUACAUAUGUUGAGAAAAAAAUGUAUAUAUUAUAGUUCCUAAGUUUAAGUACUAAUCAUUACGACACGUAUUAUAUAAUAUAAAGUAUUGUAAAAUAAAGUAUGAAAAUGUUGCGAAACCAUUGGAGAGCUCUAUAUAUUUUAAUACGUAAUUUGUUACAUAGGUAAUAAUUAUGUGGCACGAGCAUAAAUAAGAGAGAUGGCACAUUAAUAAAUAACCUUUUUUAUUACAUAGAAA